AUGAAGAGUUUCUUGGGAUUAAGAGCGCUCUUUCUGCUUUUUUCUAUGACAUGGAUUUGUGUUGGCGAUUAGUCAGCUAUAUGAGUACAGUGAAGCUACUUUUGGUUCUAUGCCAAGAUUAAACCCACGGUAUUUCACAAUUUGUAUAUGGACCCUGAUGAAGCAUUUUUAAGAGAUGGCUACCCUGUAACCUGCACAUUAUUGGAUGAUCACUAUGAGUUUUUCUAUUAUUCUUAUGACUGUGGCAUCAUAACAAAAACUUUCCAGAAUACUUUUCUGCUUAUAACUAAAAUCAAGUAUAUCUCAAGAAACUCUGAAGACAGAGCUGAAAUGCCACUGUCACGUGUUGUCACAAAGCGAGGAGGUACAUAUUCUAUUUUAAGUGAAGCUGAAAGUGGAGAUAAUGAAACUAGUUCUGAAGACGUGGAGGUUGCUUCUGAAAUGCAGCCAUGGUAA